AUGGCGGCUAACAUGUACCGAGUGGGAGAUUAUGUGUACUUUGAGAACUCAUCCAGCAACCCUUACCUGAUCCGCAGAAUUGAAGAGCUCAACAAGACAGCCAAUGGAAAUGUGGAGGCAAAGGUGGUGUGUCUGUUCAGGAGGCGAGACAUCUCUGGCAACCUCAACACUCUGGCUGACAGCAAUGCAAAGAGCCAAGGAGGUGGGAGGGUGGAGUGUCUGACGUCAUUGACGGACUUGUUUGAACACAGCGGGAUCAGUAACACAGGCCUCACGUCGUUUCCUGAACUUCAACAUAUUCAGUCCAGUCAGGAGGAUUUUAUUCUGGAGAUAGUGGAGAACAUCUUCAUACAAACCAUUCCUGCGAAUUCUUUCACUGGAAUAUCUGACAACACUCUGACCGUCCUGUUAAACAGUAACGGAGUGAAAGAAAUCCAGAGUUACGCCUUCAACGGGAGCAGACUGGAGGAAGUGUAUCUUCACAGGAAUGUGGAUUUGGAACAAAUCCAUGAAUUUGCAUUUUACGGUGUCAUUCACGGCCCCACUCACCUAGACCUUUCAGAAACCAAGGUUCGCUCUCUGCCCUCGAGAGGCCUGGAGACCAUUGAAAAGCUCCGGGCUGAAAACACUUGGGCUCUUAAAGUGCUGCCCCCCUCCAGCGUCUUUCUGCAUCUACAGAGCGCUGCAUUGACUUUCCCCAGCCACUGCUGCGGCCUCCAACUGCUGAAGAGAUGGAGAGGACACACGGAGGCGGUCUUCUGUAACCUGACCCGCAGCGCUCUAGAAAAACUGCAGGAAUCCUCAGCAGCUCUGUCUCAGGAAUAUCUGGGUCAUUACUACGACGCCCCCAUGUGUCCGACGGAACCCUUUCAUCCCGACGGUGUGUUCUACGUGGAGUUAGCGACGCAGCGUCUCACCGAAGGUUUUGACUUCUCGCUGUGUAAUGAACGUCACGCAGAUGUUGGAGGCCCCCUGUGCACGCCCCUGCCUGACGCCCUGAACCCCUGUGAGGACGUGAUGAGUCAGGGGUUCCUCAGGGUGCUGGUGUGGGGGGUCAGUCUUUUGGCCAUUUCAGCAAACCUCCUGGUGAUGUUCAUCCUGCUGAGCAGCCGACAGAAACUGUCCGUCACCCGUUUCCUCAUGGGUCACCUGGCGUUUGCAGACUUCUGUAUGGGGAUGUACCUGCUGCUCAUCGCGUCCGUCGACCUCUACACUCACUCCCAUUACUACCACUAUGCUAUCGCCUGGCAAACAGGAAGUGGCUGUAAGCUAGCAGGGGCGUUAUCAUUGUUUGCCAGUGAGCUGUCCGUGUACACGUUAACUUUAAUCAGCCUUCAGCGCUGGCACGCCAUCUUCUUCGCCAUGAGGCCAGACAGGAGAAUGAGGCUACGCCACGCGGCCGUGUUGAUGCUCGCCGGCUGGUUGCUGUGCGUGAUCCUCGCUCUGCUUCCUCUGGUUGGCGUGAGCAGUUACCAGAGGGUGAGCAUCUGUUUACCGAUGGACACGGAGACGACGGCUGCUCAGGCGUACGUGGUCUCCGUCCUGAUGAUCAACGUCACAGCCUUCGUGGUGGUCUGCUUGUGUUACCUCCACAUCUACUGUAUGGUGCACAACCCCCAGCACCAGUCCAGCAGGUGCGACACCAGCAUGGCCAAACGCAUGGCCGUCCUCAUUUUCACCAGCUUCCUGUGUCUGGCUCCCAUUUGCUUUUACGGUUUGUCUGCAGCUUUCCACCGACCACUGAUGACCGUCACCGAUUCCAAGGUGCUGCUGGUUCUCUUCUACCCUCUCAACUCUUGUGCUCACCCCUUUUUAUACGUUAUCCUGACGAAAGCCUUUCACCGAGACAUCCUGAUGUUGCUGAGCAGGGCGGGGCUGUUUCAGUGGAGAGCACACCUCUACUGAGGUAUCACCCCCGCCCCCCUUCAGGACUCAGCAGACUUCGAGACGCUGCCUCUGAAAUGUGACUGUUCUUUUCAUGUGGUUGUAGAUUUGAGGAGCAACAUUUUUUCUCGUGUAUAGAGGGAAGUGUAAAUGUCAUUAUUCACCAUUAUUGGAUUCGAACCCUGUCUGUUGCUUAUAUUUCACAUUCUUGAUUCAGACUCGCGGUGAAGACAAAGCGUCGCUAACACUUCCUGUCAGGAACAGUUCCACCUCGUCCCUGCUCUGACUCUUCACCAUCACUGCUCCUCCUUCAGAGGAGUUUCUGUUACUAAGCAACUGACUGCAGAGGAGACAGUCCAACAUGUGUUUGUUUACUGAUAAGGAGCGAGAACGCUCGUGUGGACAAAGGUCAUAUUAGUUUUGAAACAAAAUGUAUUAGUGUGGAUGUCUCCUCAGAGUGCGUGAUGACGUGGUCUCUGUGGUCAUGUGUGA